AUGAGCUCCGACUAUGCAAGCAUCCUGACACCGGCGGCGUGCUACGUCGACUUUUGCCUCGUGCCCGUCGGAACCGGCAACGUCUCCGUCGCUAGCGAGGUUGCCCAGGUGCAGAAGCUGCUGCGGGCUAGUGGGCUGAAACACACGAUGCACUCUGCGGGGACGACAGUCGAAGGGAGCUGGGACGAUGUGAUGCGAGUUGUCGGGCAAGCUCACGCUAUAGUCCACCAAGGCGGCGUGCAGAGGGUGCAGACCUCGAUGCGCGUGGGCACUCGAACCGACAAGACCCAGACAGCAGAGCAAAAGGUGAAGCGAGUCGAGGAGAUCCUUGCACGCGAUGAAUAG